AUGAUCUCAAAAAGGUUAAUAAGCCAUAAAAACAAAUCAAUCCAACUUUCUUUCUUUCUUGCUUUCUUUUCAAUCUUUCUUUCUUUUCAAUCUUUCUUUCUUUCUUUCUUUCAAAUCUAUUCUUUCUUUCUUUCAAAUCUAUUCUUUCUUUCUUUAAAAUCUUUUCUUUCUUUCUUUCAAAUUUAUUCUUUCUUUUUUCUUUCUUUUCAAUCUUUCUUUCUUUCUUUCAAAUCUAUUCUUUCUUUCUUUUCAAUUAUUCUUUCUUUCUUUCUUUCUUUCUUUCUUUCAAAUCUAUUCUUUCUUUCUUUCAAAUCUAUUCUUUCUUUCUUUCUUUCUUUCUUUCUUUCAAAUCUAUUCUUUCUUUCUUUCAAAUCUAUUCUUUCUUUCUUUCUUUCUUUUCAAUUAUUCUUUCUUUCUUUCUUUCUUUCUUUCUUUCAAAUCUAUUCUUUCUUUCUUUCAAAUCUAUUCUUUCUUUCUUUCAAAUCUAUUCUUUCUUUCUUUCUUUCUUUUCAAUCUUUCUUUCUUUCUUUCUUUCUUUCUUUCUUUCAAAUCUAUUCUUUCUUUCUUUCAAAUCUAUUCUUUCUUUCUUUCUUUCUUUCUUUUCAAUCUUUCUUUCUUUCUUUCUUUCUUUCAAAUCUUUUCUUUCUUUCUUUCAAAUCUAUUCUUUCCUUCUUUCUUUUUUCUUUCUUUUUUCUUUUUUUUUCUUUCUUUCUUUCUUUUCGUUUUUUAACUAUUUUUGCAUUUCUUAUUUUUGACCAUAUAUAUUUUAUUCUGUUAUCUAUCUAUCUAUCUAUCUAUCUAUCUAUCUAUUUAUCUAUCUAUCUAUCAGAGUCUGCCGAUAUAUAUCUUAUUGCGUUAUCUCUCUCUCUGUUUAUCUAUCUAUCAUUGUCUCAUCAUAUAUAUGAUUCCGUUAUCUAUCUACCUCUCUAUCUAUCUAUUUAUCUAUCUAUCUAUCUAUCUAGCUCUCUCUCUAUAUAUAUAUAUAUAUAUAUAUAUAUAUAUAUAUAUUAUUCCCCCUCUCUCUCGCUAUCUAUCAAUCCAUGUAUGAUCCAACGAUAUAUAUAUGAUUCUGUUAUCUAUCUAUCUAUCUAUCUAUCUAUCUAUCUAUCUAUCUAUCAAUCAGAGUCUGCCGAUAUAUAUCUUAUUGCGUUAUCUCUCUCUCUUUUUAUCUAUCUAUCAUUGUCUCAUCAUAUAUAUGAUUCUGCUAUCUAUCUAUCGUCUCACGAUAUAUAUCUGAUUCCGUUAUCUAUCUAUCUAUCUAUCUAUCUAUCUAUCUAUCUAUCUAUCUAUCUAUCAGUUAUUCUCAGUCUGUCCAUUAUCUAUCUAUCUAUCUAUCUAUCUAUCUAUCUAUAUAUAUAUAUAUAUAUAUAUAUAUAUAUCUUAUUCCCCCUCUCUCUCUAUCUAUCUUUCUAUCUAUUCAUCUAUGGUCCCACGAUAUAUAUCUGA